AUGGCUGACGCUUUAGUCUCUGUUGCUGCCGACGCAAUCCUAAAAAAAGUGGCAUCGUUAGCUGCCAACGAAAUCGCCCUUGUUUUGGGUUACAAAGCGAAGUUGCACACACUUGAACAGUCCUUGAAAAUGAUUCGUGCCAAGUUACAGGAUGCCGAGAAUGAGAAAGCUCAAAAACAUGGUGUGAUGGAGUGGCUGAAACAGCUAAAAGAUGUGGUUGGUGAAGCUGAUGACGUGUUAGAUGAGGUUGACUACGAUAUGCUGAGGCGUGAGGUAAAGAAUCGAGACCGGGUGCAUAGAAAGGUACCCUCUCUCCCAAGCAUGAAAAAGCUUUCAUUUCGUAGAGAAAUUGGUCAAAAAAUAAAAAAUAUUAAUGAAAAGUUGUCUCAAAUUAAUAAGCUCGCCAAUGAGUUAACACUAAAAGAUGAACAACCUGGUCCCGUUGUUCCAGAUCGUCCAUACCCCCAGACUGUCCCAAGUUUAGAGAAAUUCAAAAUUGUUGGGAGGGAGGAGGAUGAAGAGCACAUCAUACACCUUUUAACCGAAUCCAGAAAAGAAGAAAUGCUUACGAUUGUUCCUAUUGUGGGAAUGGGCGGGAUGGGGAAGACCACUUUGGCUAAGUCUGUCUACAAUAAUCCAAAAAUCCAGCAACACUUUGAUGUUGAAGCGUGGGUAUGUGUAUCGGUUAAGGUUGAUAUCAAGACACUUCUAGCAAAGAUCUAUGAAAUUCUUGCAGGACACGCACCUAAGUCGGUUGAAAUGGGCAAUUUAAUUAGUGCUCUUGAAGAGAAGUUGGGAUCAAAAAGAUAUUUGCUAGUUCUGGAUGAUGUUUGGGACGAAGAGAGAUCACAUUGGGAAGAAUUUAAGAGUCAUAUGAUGAUGAUAAAGUCAGAAACUGGAAGUGGCGUUCUUGUGACGACCCGAAAACUUGACAUUGGAACUAAGGCUAUGAAAAUCAAUUCAUGUCUUUUGAAAAGUCUUUCUGAUGAUCAUUGUUGGUACAUCUUUAAAGAGAGGGCGUUUCUAGUGGGACAAUCAUGGCAACCCAAAUUGGAGGAGAUAGGACGUGAUAUUGUGAAAAAAUGUCGUGGUUUGCCUUUGCUAGUAAAGGUAAUAGGAGGUGUAUUGCAGAAUUACAGUGACCCAGAGAAGUGGUUGGCCAUCAAAAAUAGUGACAUUUGGGAUCUAGAAGAUGAAAGGGAGAGAGUUCAAAAGAGUUUGGAACUGAGCAUAGAUAAUCUGCCUAGACUAUCUAUCUCCAAGCAAUGUUUUGCAUACUGUUCCAUCUUUGAGAAAGAUACACUCAUGGAAAGGGAAGAACUGAUCCAACUUUGGAUGGCUUUAGGGUUGGUUGAAGCAGAUGAUACAGGAAGCAAUGAGAUGGAGGACGUUGGAAAUGAUAUUUUUCAAAUUCUGGUCAGCAAUUCAUUGUUCCAAGAUGUUAUAAGGGAUGAGUAUGGUCACAUCACUCAUUGUAGCAUGCAUGGUCUGUUACAUGAUCUUUCAUUAUCUCUUUUUUCCAAACAAGAAGGCUUAAGUGUCGGGUGUGCAGUGAAUGAUGAUAUUUCUCGUGUCGAUAAGGUUAAGCAGCUCAAGCAUCUCGCUGUUUACAACAAACACAACGAGGUCAUUGAAUUUGAAGCCAAGGUUUCUAUGUUCAUUGAAUGGGAUAUGGUGGGUAGAACUUUGCAUACGUUGUUUGUCAAAGAAUUAAAUAUGAUGGAAUUUUCAUUUCAACGACUCAAGUGCAUUCGAAUCCUAAAACUCCAAGGGAAUACUAUAUGGGAGUUAGACGAUUCAAUCGGAGGGUUGGUGCAUCUUAGGUAUCUUGAUUUGUCAAAGACAAUGAUCCAUGUUCUUCCUGAAUCUAUUGGUAAAUUAUACCACUUGCAAACUCUGAGGUUGCGCUCUUUUGUCUUUAAGCAGUUUCCAGAAGCCAUGAGAAAUUUGAUAAGCCUGAGAUAUUUCGUGUGUGACGUAGACAUUCCCACCAAUAUCUUGGGACAAUUGAUUUCUCUUCGAAAAUUGCCAACCUUCACAGUGCUUAAAAGCAAGGGACACGGUAUUGAAGCACUACGCUAUUUGAAUAAUCUUAGCGGAAAGCUUCGUAUUUUCGAUCUAGAAAAUGUGGGAAGCAAAGAGGAUUCUGUUAAGGCUGAAUUAUCCGGAAAAAGAAAAUUAUACGAUAUUGAAUUCAGUUGGAGUGGCAAUGGAGGUGCCAACAGAAACGACAAGGAAGUAUUGGAAGGCUUGCAACCCCCUAGAGAUGUGAAAAUGUUGAGAAUUAACAAAUUUUCUAGUUAUCAUUUUCCAAAUUGGGUAACAAAGAUGGCAAUCAAUAUUGACGGGAAAUGGACUCCCCUUGACAAGCUCGUGUCAAUCACAUUAUAUGGAUGUAGCAGCUGCCUCUCUCUUCCGACACUUGAGCACCUACCACAUCUUCGGGAGCUGGUAUUAAUGGAAAUGGACAACUUGACAUGUUUAAGGAGUUCCGAUGUUACUGGAUCAAUGAAGCCUUUGUCUCCAAGGUUGAGAUCGCUCAGACUAAUACGUAUGGAAAAACUGGAAAAGUGGAUAGACGGAGAAACCAACAGCUCAAAAAUGAUAUCGCCUGUCCUCGAGAGUUUGGAAAUUGAGAGUUGUCCAAGGAUUAUUCAGUUAGAUGAAUGCCAUCCCCAUCCUCUUGUAUCCUUAAGGAUAUGUGACUGCACAGGUCUAGAGUACAUUAAGAGCAUACAAGGCCUCACAUCUCUCGUAUUUUUAGAAAUUUCCUAUUGCGAAAGUCUUUCAGAAAUAACCAAUUUCCCCAACCAGUGUCAUUCUUUGAAGACUUUGCAAAUUAAAUAUUGCUACGGACUGCGGUCCUUGCCUUGCGAAAUGUUUGACUGUUUUGCCCUCUUAAAUGAGUUGAUACUUGGUCCGUUCUCGAAGGAGCUCCAUUCUUUCCCAAGUCUCCAAGGCAUCGAGAAGUUAAGUAACCACCUUCACUCAUUGGAAUUGUGGGGUUGUGAUCACUGGGAGUUGAUGCCAGAAGAAAUACAACACCUCAAGUCACUGACACGGUUAUGCGUAGAUAGCUUUGGAAUAAAAGAACUGCCUAUAUGGUUAACCAAAAUGUCAUCUAUUCGAGAAAUGUGUUUCACUGUUUGCAAAGGGUUAAAUAAAGAAAAGGUUAAAUGGAGAGCACCGUGUGAAGCAGAUUUUGUCAGUUUAAAUCAUUCAAGGGUGUACAUAAACAAGGCCGUCCUUCGGCAUGUACGGGGUGUGCAUCGAUAG